UAUUGAGUCUGAGACUCUCUCUCUAUCUCUCUCUCUCUGCAUGCAUCUCUCUCCCUCUCUCUCAAUCUCUCCAGUAUUUGUCAGGAUUUGGGCUUUUUUAAAAAAACGAUCAGUGACCAAUCUCUCUUAUCGUCUUCAAAAGUUUCCAAUUAUUUCAUUCUUCUUCUUCAUCCUCUAUUUUCUCUUAAAUCUUUUCCUGCAUCUUCUCUCUCUCUCUCUCUCUCUCUCUCUCUCUCUCUCUCUCUCUCUCUCUCUCUCUCUCUGUGCAUAUUCUUACAAUUAAACGGUAACCCAAAAACAAACGAAUAGAGCAAUGAAGAAAAUUGUGUUAAAGUUGGAUCUGCAUGAUGAUAAGGCAAAACAAAAGGCCCUUAAAACAGUUUCUACUCUCCCAGGAAUCGACUCGAUUGCAAUGGACAUGAAGGAGAAGAAACUAACGGUGAUCGGAACCGUGGAUCCGGUAAAUGUAGUAAGCAAGCUAAGAAAGUACUGGCCGAUGACGGAUAUCAUACUAGUGGGACCAGCAAAAGAGCCGGAAAAGGAGAAGAAGGAGGAGCCGAAGAAGGAAGGCGGUGGCGAGCCGGCGAAGAAAGAAGGAGAAGCUCCAAAGGAAGGAGAAGCAAAAAAGGAAGGAGAAGCGCCAAAGAAGGAAGAAGAGAAGAAAGAAGGCGGCGAUAAGAAGGAAGGAGAGAAGAAAGAUCAACCGCAGCCGCAGCCGCAACCGCAGCUGCAACCGCCAGCACCAGAUCAUGUGUUGGAGCUUGUAAAGGCGUAUAAAGCAUAUAAUCCUCACCUAACUACGUAUUACUAUGCCCAAAGCAUGGAAGAAAACCCUAAUGCUUGCGUUAUAUGUUGAAAAAACAUGUCUAAUAUAUAAUUUGGGGGAUGUGAAAAGGAUAGACCGAUCUAUAAAUGAGGAAGACGAAUAAGAAUCAUAAGAUAUAUCCUAGUCUCAGAUAUAUCGAUUCGGAUUGGAUCGGAUAUGUUUUUUUUUUUUUACCUCGAUAAUGCGGGGUAAAUCGAUUUCGAUGAUAUGUUUUUGUGUAUAUAUCGUCGAUUGUACUAGAAUUUCUAUUUGUAUUUGUUUCAUUGUUUGUUUGAACUUUGAAAGUAACUCUUGUACAUAGGAUGGUGUUAUAUGUGCGUUAGUAUUGUUAAUUCUUUUCAAAUGU